AUGGCGAGGACCGUGACCGGUCGUGAACUAGCGGACAACCAAAAAACGGCGUUGUACCAUCGACUUCUUCAGCUCAAGAAGAACGGUCAUGUUGGUUCCGGGGACAUGAAGGAGAUCAUGCGCACGUUCAAUGUCUCGCAACAAACCAUAUCCCGCAUUUGGCUGGGGGGGUGCCAGACUGCUGCUGACACAGGAUGCGCCAGGGUUGCGUCAAGAAAGGCCGCUGUGGUGCGCCUCGCAACGGCUUCAUCCGAGAUACACAAGACGUCGCUGUGGAAUCUGUUCCAGGCAAACAUGCUUCACCCCCGCACGAGCCGGAUUGGACUGUGGCCCAUCGUCGAAACCAAGGAGGCAGCACGUCGGACCAAGAACUGUGACCGUGGCACGCCUGUCACUGUCCCCAUGACUGUGACGAAGCCGAUCUACCGUCGACUGCUUGUUGACAGGGUGAUUCCAGCGAUUCUAGCGAAGUGGCCAGGACGGCGUGGUGGGACAAUUUACCUGCAGCAAGGCAACGCGCGACCCCAUAUUGCUGUUGACGACGUAGAGGUGUUGGCUGCCGGUCGCAAGAUCGACUAG